AUGCCACCCUUACCUAUUCAGGCUACUUGGAGCCCGGAUGUCAUCGCAACUGUAGUGUAUAGAAUCACCAUGGUCUUCGUGAGUCUCACGUAUAUCUGGAGAAAAUAUCGACAACCGCUUAGAACAGAUGAUUUCGAAGUCAAGUCCGACGAAACUCCUGAGCCCUCACCCGCCAAUUCGAUCGACUCGAACGAUAUUUUGCAAACUGUACAAGCUGCUGGGACGGUGGCUGCAAUGUUAUUGGGUACCACGGAUUGUGAUGGUACCUCGGAUACUCCAACAAUCAAUGUUGAGCUGCAAGCAGUACAGAACGCGUCUUCGAAUCGACGACAAGGGUUCAACAAAUCAAGUAAAGAUGGCUGA